AGGAUAUAAUAGACAUGGAGUACAAUGGGGCCCAGAUUGUGGUCAAAUGUUUUUUAGAGCUAAAUUGGCCCAAAAGUUGCCGAAUACUAGACAUCGGCGCCGGCACCGGCAUUAUUGGCUCACUAUUGAAAGCUAAUGGUUACGAAAAUAUAGACGGUUUGGACGGAUCACCAAAAAUGCUUGAUUUGGCGAAAGAGAAGAAUUGCUACAAGAAUUUGAUUCACUCUAUCGUCGCCUCCAAUAUACGGCUUCCCAUUGACAGUAAGACCUACGAUGUGAUCAUAAUGGCCGGUGUCUUCUGUCCCGGACAUAUCAGUGUCGACGCAUUCAAUGAGAUCUUACGUAUCACUAAAUCAGGGGGCACAAUAUGCUGGGCAAUGGCGGUGACCACAGUAUAUGCCGAUAAGGACGAGGAGUUCAGGGACGGCCACUUCGAGCGAUCGAUUGUCGCGCUAUGCGAUCGACUCAAAUGGCUAUCAAUUCUGGGAUAUCCUAAACGUGUGGACAACUAUUUGCACGGAAAGGAUGGCUGGUUUCACGCCAUGCAAGUCAUAUAACACCGAUUCAAUAGUUUCUAAUUAAUUAAAUUUUAUAAUUAAAUAAAAAUGUCUAUUAACAAAUUUUUGUAGAAUAAUAAUU